GCAGCGAGUGACUUAUCGAUAAGCCCCGCCAGCGGGCAUCCAGUACUAAGUUACUAAGUAUUAGACCGUCCGGGUGGGCGGCCGCUGCCCCUCUCUGCUCUGCCCCCCUCUGCUCUGCCCCCCCCCCCCUCCGGCUGCCUCGUCGUCAUUCAUCCUUCCGGUUCUUCUUCUUCUUCUUCCUCUUCCUCUCUUCUUCUCUCUCUCCUCCUUUGCUUCAUUCUUGCUCUCUUCCUCCCUCUCUAUCUUCCCACUACCUGCCACAAUACCCCUCUUCCGUCACACUCCCCGUCUCUUCCAUUCACACAAACAUCUCUUCAAAAUGCCUCGCCAAUUUUUCGUGGGUGGUAACUUCAAGAUGAACGGUACUGCGGACAGCAUUACCUCCAUCAUCAAGAACCUCAAUGGAGCCAACCUGGACUCCUCCGCCGAGGUCGUCAUCUCUCCCCCCACCCUCUACCUGCUCCCUGCCCGCGAGGCCGCCGACGAGAAGAUCGGUGUGGCCGCCCAGAACGUCUUCGACAAGCCCAAUGGUGCUUUCACUGGUGAAAUCAGUGUCGAGCAGCUCCGUGAUGCGAAGAUCAACUGGACUAUCAUUGGCCACAGCGAGCGCCGUGUCAUCCUGAAGGAGACCGACGAGUUCAUUGCCCGCAAGGUCAAGGCCGCCAUUCAGGGUAACAUCAGCGUCAUCUUCUGCAUCGGUGAGACUCUUGAGGAGCGUGAGGCCAACAAGACCAUCGAUGUGGUCACCAGACAGCUCAACGCUGUUGCCAAGGAGCUUUCCAAGGAGCAGUGGGCCCAGGUUGUCAUUGCUUACGAGCCCGUCUGGGCCAUCGGUACCGGCAAGGUCGCCACGACCUCCCAGGCCCAGGAGGUCCACGCCGCUAUCCGCAAGUGGCUCGCCGAGGCUAUCUCCGCCGAGGCCUCUGAGAACACCCGUAUCAUCUACGGUGGCUCCGUCAGCGAGAAGAACUGCCGUGAGCUCGCCAAGGAGGCCGAUGUUGACGGUUUCCUGGUUGGCGGUGCCAGCUUGAAGCCUGCCUUCGUCGACAUCAUCAACGCUCGUCUGUAAGCAAUCAAUAUUUGAUUGGACAUGUGAUAUGAUAUCCGUUAUCCGGCCGCCAGACUCGAUGCCAGCAGGUGUGUGUCGGGUCCGGCGGAGCAUGAAAAAAAUAACAAGGACGCAUUGGCCGUCCAAUAAGCAAUAAAAAGAAUAUAUAUCCAAUAAAUCAACUUGAAUACCAACAGACCAG